CGCUUGCCGUCACUUCACGUCACGCCGCGCCGCGCUUCUGCUGUCCCCGCGCUGACGUGAACCUUGGCUUUGCUGUUUUGUGUGAAUUUGUUGUGAAUACGAAGCAAGAGAAUUAUUUAGUGAAGGAGAGUUUCCCGGCGCUGCUCCGUCACCAUGCGGGCGGAGAGGGCUAACAUGUGCCCCUUUCCUUUACCCUUGCUCCUCGCGCUAUCUGUCCUCUGGGCAGCAGGAGCGGUAGUGUGUGACCGUCAUGUCCCUGCCGAGGACUCCCCGACCAUCACCACAACCACCGCGGCGCCUCUCACCCUCUGGCACUGUGGCUUCCAGGAGGACAUGUGUGGGCUGACCAAAGUGGAUGGCCUGGAGGGUUCCUGGGAGCGCGUCUACACGAUAGAUCCAGUACUCGAGUCGCCAGAUACUUGGAGCAUCGCGCUGGUAUCUGGCAUGGCCGCAGGGGAGAGGGCUGGCCUGCUGUCACCUGCGCUGCCUUCCUCAGACGCCCCUCGCUGCCUCACCUUCUACUACUACCUGGACGGCGCCGAGCCAGGCCAGCUCACCGUCCUACUCAGGGAAGAAGAGGGGGCCGCCGCCGCCGAGGCUGUGUGGACUCGGGGCUGGCCUGAGGGGCCGCAGUGGAAGUUUGCCUACAUAGAACUUCAUCUCAACACUUCUGUCUCAAUUUUGUUUGAGGGCGUGCGGGGCGGCAACUUUAUAUCUGACCUGAGGUUAGACGAGAUCCAUCUGAAGGAGGGUUCGUGUGACAUCAUCCCUCCCACUGACAUUACGGAGAGGUUUCGAUGUGAUUUUGAAGAAGAUGUGUGUGGAUUCACCUUAGAGGACAAGCAAGGGAAGUGGAUUUGGACAUAUUACAAUGAUCCUGAUGUUAAUGUCACAUUCCCAGAGCAAGACCACACCUACAACACUGGCUAUGGAAAGUACUUGGCCGUCCUGCUGAAUUCCCCCAAGAGUGGUGUGGUGGGCAGAGUGCAGACACACAAAUUUUCUCUUGAGCAACACCAGCCACAGUGCUUCUCGUUCUGGUACAUGCACAAUGGCCAAUCCAACAAGGACUCCCUCUCUGUGUAUGUCAAGCAUGGCCUGGAUGUCUUUCCCUCAGCCAUUUGGAAAGAGAAAAACGCACAGCACCUGUCCUGGCUGGAGGCAAACAUCCCCAUUCCAUCGGGCCUCAUGAACUUCCAGGUGGAGUGGGAGGCUUACCAGCAGUCAGAGAGUCAGGAUGGAGUCAUUGCCAUUGAUGAUGUGAAGCUCUCUGCCCAGGAGUGCCCAUCCAUAGGUAGCUGCACCUUUGAGGCCGGCACUUGUGGCUGGCAAAACCUGUUUGAGAAUGUUAAUGUGACUGAGGACACAAAUGACUGGCUUCAGGGCUCUGGCGAAAGUCACCUCAAUGAUGCAGGUCCUCACACUGACCACUAUAAUGACACUUCAGGCAUGUUUCUCUACAUUGAUGGUAUGGAGACAGGGACGGCCGUGCUGGAGAGUCAGCUGUUGGUACCUGAGCAGCACAGCGACUUUUGUUUCUCCUUUUGGUUCUACAUUGAGGGUGAGGCAGAUGACAAGUUGGCCAUCAGUGUUGUGGCUGACAGUGGCAAGGAGAAGGAGGUGUGGGUGGCGGGUGUGGCGAGUGGCUGGGCGCAGGGACAGGUGCGAGUCAAAGCCACAGAAUUCGUCUUUAUUGAAGUGGCCUAUCAGCUGUACAUUCGAGGCACACGCACCUCAGACAAGUCUAUGAUUGCGCUGGAUGACUUUUCAUUCAAGAAGAAAAUUGAAUGUCCUAAAAAACCAGAAACUCCAGUGACGGAGGGGCCCUCAAGCUCCUCCACUCCUCCUUCAAAUGUGCUGUGGGGCUGUGACUUCACCAGUGGCACGUGUGGACUUAACAUGACAGGAGAAGGGGAUUGGUACCUCACAGAAUAUGUCAACACAACACAACACAAUCAUGAUAAAAUGUGUUUAAGUUUCUUUGGUUUGGAGGGGAAUGAAGGUCGAGCUGCCCUGCCACACCUUGAGGCUCACGAUGGCCCUUCCUGCCUCACCUUCUGGUACAUAAUUGGAUCAGUGAACCGUGGCAACAUUUCCAUCAUGUUCACGUCUGGAGAUGGUGGGUUAGGUAAGGUGGUCUGGGCUCGCUCUGAGGCUGCAGGUAAUGUUUGGAUUACAGCAGAUCUGUCUGUUCCUGUGGAUGGCUCUACACUGGUGGAAUUUGUUGUUGUGAAUGGGCAACAGAAUGAAGGUGUUCUCGGCAUUGAUGACAUUGUUGUGACUGGUGAUACUUGCAAUCACAUCUUUCCUGAUUUUUGGUGGUGUGACUUUGAGUAUCCUGAUCUGUGUUUGGUUAGCACUGACCCAGGUCUGAAUGACUGGAAGUGGGUCUCGCCUCUUCAGGACCAAGAUAGUUCACAGACGCCUCACAUACCUGCUGAUCACACCUAUCAGACUGGCUAUGGACAUUAUAUGGAGGCAGCAUUGGUGCCCAGCAACACUGAGGGCAGAGUGGGGAGUCUCAGAACACCCUGGAUAUUCCAACCCCAACACAACCCAAUGUGCGUCUCCUUUUGGUAUGUCCACAACGGUGCCACCAAUGUUGACAGUCUCUAUGUCUAUGCUAACAUAUCUGGAAGUCUAGGACAUCACCUUUGGCAAGAGAAAGCCAGUUACAUUAAUACUUGGCUGUCGGCCUCGGUGCCCAUCGCUGCCGGGGAGGAGCGGUCUGUGCAGGUGUUGUGGGAGGCUUGGCAAGGCAAGAGGGAAGACCACUCCUCCAUGGCUGUGGAUGACAUCAAGAUCACCAUGCUGCCUUGUCACACUCUAGGAAGUUGCACUUUUGAAUAUGGAACCUGUGGAUGGCAGAAUGUAUUGUCUGGGGAGGGACUGGCCAAUGAGACGGCCUGGCUGGUGGGCUCAGGCUCCUCUGGGUCCGACUUAGACGGUCCAGACACUGACCACACUGGAGACCGUGAAGCAAUGUACCUGUAUGUUGACUCCAUGUUUGGUGAGACAGGCAAAGCAACACUGCAGAGUCAGAUGUUUGUUCCACAGGAGGAUAAUGACCUCUGCUUCCACUUCUGGUUCUAUGUAAAGGGAAAUGAUGUGAAGCUGGCAGUGGAGUUGGAGGCCGAGGGUUUCUCCCGGAAGGAGGUUUGGCAGCAGGGUGAUGGUGGCGGUCAGUGGGAGGAAGGACAAGUGCAUGUCAAGGCAAAGGAGUUUUUCAGUGACAAGGCAUACCAGGUCUUCAUCACUGGAGAAAGAAAUGGAGAAUGGAAUGUUAUUUCAGUUGAUGACUUCAGCUUUACCGUAUUUCAUGACAACUGCCCCACGUUGCCACAAGCAGACCCGACCAUAACAACCACUCCAGCCCCAACGAGCAUUUCUUGCACCUUUGAAGUUGAUCAGUGUGGAUGGGAGAACAUAGACCAGGACGGACCACUUUCCUGGAUUCAUGACAAUGUCCAACACCAAAUGGUGCUGAAGUAUGAUAGAGACUUACGCAAGGCAGUGGAGACAGACGCAAACAUGGAGAACUACAGUGAAAGAUUCUCUUUGACGAAGAAGGCUGAGCUGAGGAGUCCUUUGUUCGACAUCUCUGGUGGAGCCACCUACUGCUUCUCCAUCUCAUGGGCCGUGCAGUCUCAAGAGAAUGCAGAGUUUGGUGUUGUUUUAGAGACGAAAGAAGGCUUCAUUAUGAACUUCCUGCUGAAUGAGAAGGGAGGCAGUGGAGGGGCGUGGCGGACCUCCCACGUAGAGAUCAGUGUGAAGGGAGCCCACCAUGUAGCAGUCAUUGGCCAGGUCAACGAUGCCUUUAAUGGAUCAAUGGCUUUCACCAAUAUUCAGAUGAAAUAUCAGCAGUGCACAGAAGGUUAUGUGAAUGGUACACUCUUGUGUGAUUUUGAGUCUGAUGACAAGUGUCAAUUUGUCACUUCUAUGCCGGGAGAUACCACAGUGUGGACUUGGGGCAAAGGAAACCCAUACAUUGACCACACUCUGGGCACUGAAUAUGGCCACUCAAUGUACAUAGACAUUGCCUAUGCUGGGAGCAACCAGAUGGCUCAUAUGGUGACUCCUGAAAUCAUGUCAGUGUCUGAGCCGUACUGCAUCACCUUCUGGCUUUACAUCUCUGAGCCAAAGACUGGCUUAUUGACGGUCUCAGCUUACCAGAAUGAAGAAAUGCUUGCCUCGGCAUGGACGUCAAAGAACGACGACUUCCACCUCACCUGGCGUGGAGCAUCUUUCUCCAUCUCUACCAAGAAGGAGUUGUAUUUUGAUGUGGUGUUUGAAGUGAUAACAGGAGAGGAGAGUUGGGGCACCAUUGCUGUUGAUGAUGUGAAGGUGAGCCCAGGGUCAUGUUCAAUGCCUGUGGCGUGUGCCUUUGACAAUGAAGACCUGUGCCUCUGGUCACAAAAUAGAGAGGAUGACUUAAACUGGCUCUUCCAUAAUAAUCUGGAUGGACUGGAAGAUCAUUCUGAUGAGAAGGAAGGAUACUUCAUCGCACUGCAGCCUGGGCCACCAGCGUCUCCUGGAGAUCGGGCAAUUAUAAUGUCACAGCUCUUUGACACUAAAGCCAUAUCCUGCAUUUCCUUUUGGUUCUGCAUGUCGGGUCCAAAUGUUGGAUUACUGAGCAUAAAAUUUGUAAAUGCUCAUUAUGACAACACAUUGAUGUGGCAGAUAAAUGGUACUGUGUCUGACAACCCAGAAUGGCAGUUUGGCCAGCUGUCCAUCCCUCCAACAGAUUUGUAUGGCAUGGUUUCCAUCAUUGCUAAGACAAGUUCAUCUGAAGAAGCUGGGACCGGAAUCAUUGCUAUUGAUGCCAUUGAAAUGCGGGAGGAUGUGCAAUGUGCCUUUGAGCCCGACUAUGCAGAGGUCGGCACUCUACCUCCAACCACCACCACUCCCAUCCCAACCCCAACACCAGGCUAUGACUUCUCUUGCACAUUUGAAAAUAUAUAUUUCCUGCUUUGUGGCUGGAAGGAUGUUUCACCACAGGGAUUUGCAUGGACUAUUGUAAAGGGCACUCUCACCUCUGUUGGGAUUGGUCCAGUGAGUGACCACACCACAGGGUCUGGCAACUACCUGUCAACAUCCCGCUCUCCUGAUGAGGUGGUCACAGUGGAUAAGGUGUCCAUCCUGCAGAGUCCAGACAUCAGACACACUGGCAUCAAGUGCUUUGUCUUCUGGUACUUCAUAUGGGGAGACCAGUCAAAGCUAGCAAUGAAGCUUGCCAAGGAGGAAGUGUGGAGCCGCUCUGGGAGUCAAGGCAACAAAUGGGUGGUGGCAACAGUCGAACUUGGUGAAAACUUUGGCCGCACAGUCUCUCUGGAGGCAACACUGCAGGCGGAUCACGAGAACACUUAUGUGGCUAUUGAUGACCUCUAUGCCUACAACAUCUCUUGUGAAAGUGUGGAUGUGGGAAUGAGGCAGGGGUGGCAGUGUGACUUUGAGGAGGCAGCCUUGUGUGGAGCAGCUAAUCAGGCAGAAGGUGACAACUAUGACUGGGAUUGGGUUGAUGGAAAUAAGGGAGCCAUUGGUGGUUAUGAUCACUCAUACAACACGAAGGUUGGCCACUUCCUUCAAAUUGUUUCGGAUGACAUGGGUCCCGGCAGAUACAAUGUUGCCAAACUGAAGCUGCCUAUCAUUGGAAAUGUGCCAUCUGGUGACCACUGUUUCCAGCUUUACUAUAUCAGACUUGGCACGGCUGGCUCUGGAAUCCUGAAAAUCUAUAUUGAAGCCGAUGGCAAUCUUGAGUUGUUGGUAGAAAUUAAUGAAGAUGAAGAAGUGUCGAGCUGGACUCUUCUCCAGCAAACCUAUGUCAAUAGGAAUGACAAUGCCACUCUUCAGUUUGUUGUGAGAGGUGACCUGGACACACUCUCUGAUAGCACACAGCAACCCGUCUUAGCCAUUGAUGAUUUCUCCUUCACUUCUUCGGGUUGCCCACUGCCUGGGUCGUGUGCCUUUGACAAUGCCCACAUCUGUUCGUGGCACACAGAGAAGAAUGGAAAUCUGAUGUGGCAGUUGUCCAAUGGCUUGCAGGAACAUGGUGGUCCCAAGUACGACCACACCAACAACUCCACUAUUGGCGGCUACAUUGUGGUGGAGGACACUGAAGAACAGAAUGGGAUGGCAACUUCACUGGUCAGCUCCUUUAUUCCCAAUGAUGUGUAUGGCUAUUGCUUCACUUUUUUCUACUCCCUGAGUGGUGACCAAGAGGCUCAGCUGAGAGUGAGGAUUCGCCGUGACAGUGGCAAUACUACUGUGUGGUCUCUCACUGGGGAUCAGGGCACAGAAUGGCUCUAUGCACAGAUGGGAAUUCCUAACUCUGCUGAUGAAGGCUUUGAGAUUGUUGUUGAGGGUGUGGUCGGGUCAUAUGCUAAUGGUUGGAUAGCUCUGGAUGACUUGUACACCUACUCGGGUCACUGCAGCACCGAGCCCCCAGACGCCACCCUGCAGCCUCCCGUCACCUCCACCGCUGCACCAGCUGGUGACAUCUUCAGUUGUGACUUUGAGAUUGACACAUGUUCAAUGGUCCAAGAUAAAACAGAUGACUUUGACUGGACACAUGAACACAUAGAAGACAGCUUUGAGAUGCCUCCUGGGGGACACAUUCUCGUUGAUGCCACUGGGCACUCAUUUCAGGAAAAGGCAAUCAUCACCACACCUUCCUUCACUGUGCAGGGUCUCCAGUGUGUCACUUUCUGGUACCGAUUCAUAGGAAGUGAGUCAGGUAUACUGUCAUUGAACUCGCGGUCAUCUUCUCAUUGGGCGACGGGUCUGUGGAAGAGAAGUGGUCCCACCAUUCCAUCUUGGAAUUCAGCAAUGAUAGACUUGGAUAUGACUCAGAGCUCCUAUGUGUUGGACUGGGAGGUGGAGGUGAUGGAUGAAGACUCCAUCAUCUUGGUGGACAACAUAAUGGUGUCCUCUGGAGGGUGUCCUGUGCAAUCACAAUCCUGUGACUUUGAGUAUGAAGAUGGACAUGACAAGUAUUGUGGAGGUUAUGAGCUAACAACACCAAAGGACUUCAAAUUCUUCCGAACAACAGCAGACAUUUCCCCUGAGUUUGCUGAGAUAGACCACACUUUCAUGUCACAAUAUGGACAGUACAUCGUGGCAGACUUCAGUAAGGCCUCUGGUGGUAGCGAGACCACCCGCAUGUAUGGUCCACAGGUCCGGCCAGACUCCACCUGCUUCUCCUUCUGGUUCAUCCUUGACGUCCACGAGGCGGCCACUCUGAGAGUUGUACUUAAUGAUACCAGUGAGGUUGCCUUUAUGACUGAAUUGGGCACAGGUGGCAUGUGGCAGCUUGGUGCCAGUGAGGUUGGGAGGUUUGGCAGUCAUGGUAAUGCAGUGUUUGAGGUUUUCUCCUCGGCAAUUCACAGAGGUUAUGUGGCCAUUGAUGAUGUAAAGAUGGAGAACUCCAAAAUGUGUCCUGUUGAUGGUAGGUGUGACUUUGAGAAGGACACCUGUGGAUGGAGAAACACGGGAAACCUUCAGUGGGUGUUUUCCAAGCUGGAGCCAGAUGAGAAUGGUCCGUCUACUGAAACACACCUGAUGUUUGUCACUCCUGGUGAUGACCUGGUUGGCUACAUGGCCACACUCACAUCACCCAUCCUCCUGCCUGACUUCAACUGUGUUAGAUUCUGGUUCAAGAAAGCUGAGGAGGCUCCAGUGUCACUGAGGGUUGUGGUGACUCCAGGGCCUGCUUACCUUGGUGAACACUUUGAGGUGACACUGUGGGUGCUGCCAGACACUAUCACAUCAGACUGGCAGGAGGGACAGCUGUCAAUCCCACACUACUCUGUGGAUGCCAUUCAGGUGUACAUUGAAGCUAAACGACUUGAAGGCAGCUGGAGUGGAGGACACAAUGAAGGAUUAGUCCAUAUAGAUGAUGUGGAGGUGUCCAGAUCCUCUGAGUGUAGCACUGUUCCCCCUGAAGCCUCCACAAAGACCACCACCCCAUCCUCUCACCUCACCACAACCCCUAAAGACUCAAUGAAUGAGGUGUCAUGUGACUUCAACAAUGGGGACUUGUGUCAGUGGAGCAGUGGAUCGUCGGAUGUUAUUGAGUGGCUCCUUGAGUCAGACGUCCACAACACUCAUGGCGUAGGACCACUGGCUGACCACACCACAGGCGAUGGUUAUUUCAUAAGCCUCACCCCAACGCACGACCGUAAUGAAGGUGUUGCUGUCAUCGUUACUCCUGAACUAACAGCCACAUCUGCACAGGACUUUUGUCUGCGCUGGUGGUACCACAUGGACGGCUCUGAUGUAGAAAGCCUCAGUGUUCACCUUAUCACUCUGAAGGAAGGAAAGGAAACAGUUGUCUGGACAAAGAAAGGUUUUCAGACUUCAUGGUGGACCGAGGCAUUUGUUGGCAUCCACAUCAAUGAAGCAUUUGUGCUGGAAUUUAGAGGGUCACAGGGGAAAAACCUCCUGUCUAACCUCGCUUUGGAUGACAUUGACAUGAAGCCGGCAGUGUGUCCUGAGAAUGUUGAUACAAUGGCUAGUGACAAAGUUCUGUGCACCUUUGAACAAGGCAACACCUGUGGCAUGGAAGUAGGCUUGGAGAAAGGCUGGACCCUUGUUAAGUCUAGCACUGCAGACCACACAACAGGCACUGAUCAAGGUCAUGUUUUUGAGCUCCGUGGGGGAAGCAAUCCUGUCACGUCUAUUCUGAAGUCUCCUUCCAUCACCGUUGAAAGAACAAAAUGUGUUGGCUUUUAUUACUGGAUUGGAGGCUCAGAGAAUGCAUCUCUUACAGUAUCUGUAGAGAAAGAUGGCGGCACCAGUGUGAGUGAGUCAGUGCAGCUGGUGAAGAUGGCAGAACCAGGCUGGAGGGUCAUAGAGAUUGGACUGUAUAGAUACUAUGGAGAGCAAAUGAAGGUGAUGUUUACUGGAAGUGUUGGGCCAAACAAGGACACUGUGGUGGUCGUGGACGACAUCUUUGUAACAUUAGAAAAGUGUUCUCCAAGAAUUGCAGUGGAGUGCCACUUUGAAAACACAACCUGCCUGUGGAUGAAUGACCCCGAUGGACUUCAGUGGUUUGCCUCAGACACCAGCACUGGCCACAUCCUCAAUGGUCCUGCCGAUGACCUGACCAUAGAACACUACGCCAUCUUUGAGAUUGUGCCACACCAUCAGCCUGGAGCUGUGGGCCGCUUGGUCAGUCCGACUGUCACCAGAUCAGGAUUCAGCACAUUCAUGUGCUUCUCCUUUGCAUAUUCUGCCUGUUGUGAACAUGGAGGAAUUCUGUCUGUGAUCCUGAAAGAUAUCAGUGCUAAAGAUGAAGUUUUAUUGUGGCAGCUUCCAAUAACCAACGAACAUGCAGACUCUCGCUGGCAUGUUGGCCGAGUGGCUGUCAAGGAUCCUCCAGACAAUUAUGUCAUUAUAAUACAAGGAGAGGUGUGGGAUGCCAGAGAAGGUUAUCUGGGCUUUUCAAACUCCCUGCUGAAGGAGAGCCUGGAUUGUCAAUUGGAGCCUGCUGAUGCCACACCUCAGCCACCAUUUAUCCAACCUCUGGCCACCACUACUCCACCGCUGUAUGGCUCUGACUCCCUUGCUUGUGACUUUGAGGAUGCAUCUCACCCACUCUGUGACUUUGAGCUCGACGACAUGGGAUCCUGGACACGAGUGAAUGCCUCCAACCCCCCAUCAAUCUAUAACCCCAUGGCUGAUAACACCUUCAAAAACAGCUCAGGCCACUAUAUCGUAGCUGAGAAUUCUAAAGCAGUAAAUCAUGAUGUGGCAGUACAACUCAGGACUCCUGUGUUAAACUCUACCACUGACUACUGCAUCACUUUCUUCCUGCAUCAUGUGGGAGACAAACCACCACCAGUCAUUGUGAAUGCAGAGCUUUGGGACAGGCCGGACCAUGUGGAGCUGCUGCGCCGUAACUACCCGCUGCAAGACAUGUGGGUGCUGGUGGAGAGGGAAGUGCCGGUGGGAGUAAUGGACGGGCCCUUCAUCAUCACUAUCAAUGCCAUGCUGAAAGAAGACCAGGAUGGAGAUGCUUCUAUUGAUGAUCUGAAGGUGAUGGACUCAAGAUGCCCUCAAGAGGGAGACCUGUCCUGCUCCUUCACCUUGGGCCUGUGUGGGUUCCUGCAGGAGGAAGUGAAUGAUGACACAGACUGGCUUUGGCACGAUGCCACUGGAAUGGAUGAUCCUUACCUUCCAAUGGAGUCAAAGAAGCAUGACUACUACAUAUAUCUGAACACUACUAUGCCAGAGGGUACCAGUGCUGUGAUCUAUACCACCGAGUACCGCCUCUCUGAACCCCAUUGUGCUACUUUUGAUGUGCAUCUCUACUCUGAGAAGGAACAGACUGCAUUACUGCAAGUCUUCAAUGUAGGAGCAGGAACAAUUGAUGAUGGACUGCUGAUGCUUCAUGAGAAUGAUAAUCUUGGUUUUGACUGGGCCACCUUGCAGGUGCUGGUGGAGCCGUCCAUGAAGCCAUUCCGUCUUGCUUUCCGAGGAAUCAUUGGGAAGAAUAUGGAUAAUAUUUACUCAACUUUUGCUCUGGAUAACAUCAAGCUAACACCUGGUGCUUGCUACUCACCUGCGUCGUGUUCGUUUGAAGACGGCUCGUGUGGAUGGUUUACUGACGAGUUUGAAGGUGAUGUGCAGUGGGAAUCUGGUGGUCCUGUAGAUUUAUCACUUUCCACCAGGCCUUAUGCUGAGGCCACCAAGAGAAAUAAAAAUGGAGGCUUUAUGUACUUAGAGGCUGAUGAGUACAUGGAGGGCAAAACAGCUAUUCUUCACAGUCAAACUUUUCCUCCAACCAUUGUUGAAAGCUGCUUCACAUUCUGGUACCAUAUCUAUGGUGCUUUUGGUACUCAGCUGACAGUACUUAUGGACAUGGUAGAGUAUGGUGAGUCUGUGUCAGUGUGGAUGGACACAGUGGCCCUCUCCAGGUGGGACAAUGGGUGGCAGUAUGCUUCUGCUCCAUUUGCUGCCAACCAUAAGUUCAGAUUAUCUGUUGAAGCCAUUCUUGGGAGUGGGUUUAUGGGUGAUGUGGCCAUAGAUGACAUCCUGGUGACCACAGGAGGAUGUGCUGUCACUCCUGCAGAGGCAGCAAGGGAGGUGAACUAUGUCCCUCCGUCCAUCCACUCUGGCACAGUGGCAUCACCCUCCAGGAGCACUGCCACUGCCACCAUCCUGCCACUGGGGCCCCAUGACUGCACUUUUGAUGAAGAUCUCUGCUCCUGGUCCAGCACCACUGAUGAUGGCUCUGGAAGCAAGAUGCAGUGGACACAACACGUUGCCGAUGAAACUUCAGAUGGUGGGUUUGCUUUCCUUGACGUCACCGAGGAGGUCGGGAGUGGGUCACAUGGAAUUCUAAAGUCCCAGGAAGUGUCAGCAACGAUGAGUUCCUGCUUGUCCUUAUCUUAUGUCCUUGCUGGACCACAUGAACUCAGUAUCAGUGUUGAGAGUGGGAGCAGCCUGACUGAAGUGUGGCGGCUCUUGGGACCAGCAGGAGACAUGUGGCAGAAGGGACAAGUCACUGUGAUCUCAAAAGACUUAUUCUUCAUUCUCAUCAAAGGAGUGAGAGGAGAUUCCCCUAACGGCCGCAUUGCCAUCGAUACCUUGGUCCUCAGUAAAGGGCCAUGCAGGAUAACAGAGGAUGACUGUGAUUUUGAGAACAAGAAGACCUGUGGGUGGCGGAUGUUGCCAGCACAUGAUGACGGCCCCUGCUGGAAGUGGUCUGAUGGGCAGGCUUUCUUGGCAGACCACUCCACUAAUACAGUGGAGGGUCACAUGCUGCGGGCCGACAAUAACUUUGGAAGCAGUUACUCCAACACGGCCAUUACGUACUCUCCUUUGUUGAUGACGGACCAGACAGGAUGUGUUAGGUUUUUCUACUAUGCAGAGGAAGGAACUGAUGCUGAGCUCAGAGUUUAUUAUGUUGAAUAUGAUGCUGAUGGUUUUGGAGAUCUUGCCCCUGAGAUCCUGUGGUCGUCGUCUGUUGGGAGUGUGUCGGCGUGGCACGAAGGUGAAGCAAGUGUUUCUGUGAGCCUGUUCAAGGUGCAGGUGCAGGCAAUAUUCCGAACGCAAGACAACACGUCCUUUGUUGCCUUUGAUGACUUCAGUGUGCACUUUGGCAUGUGUGGCGGCUUAGCUGAGUGUAACUUUGAUGGUUUUCACAUGUGUGGAUGGACUCAGUUUGAUAGUAAAGCAUAUUGGGAGAUGACCAAUGGCAGUGACCACACCCACAGAGAGGAAGGUGGUGGAAUGUUGGUUCUGGAGCCGUCCAAGCAUGAGGCUGGUGACGCGGCGGUGCUGAUCAGUCCUCUCAUGGUCCCUGCAAUGGCUGUGUCUGGCUGCCUGCAGUUCUGGUUCAAAAUUAAUGAUGUAGCAGAAGGCACAAUAAAUGUCUACAUUAAGCCUGUUGAUGCGGCCAUGGUACUGGUGUGGAGGCUGACAGGCAAGCAGUGGGAUGACUGGAGUGUGGCAAGAGUUCCCCUUCAUAAUGUUACAGACACUUAUUUCUCCAUCCUGCUUGAAGGAAUUGUUGGAAUCAACCAGAUAGAAAGAAUACACAUUGAUGACAUCGCUCAGUUUGUGGGCAAGUGCAGUGUGUGGCCAAGGGAAGCAGUGCCCUCUAACAACACUGAUGUCACCACCACCACUGCUCCACCUCACUCUACCACCACACAGGAACCACUUGGUAUUAAUGACUGUGACUUUGAGAACAUGCUUGGGCCUUUCUGUGCAUGGAUGGUGGCUGAAGGGGAUAAUACAAAGCCCUGGAUUUGGUGGAGUGGUCCCCCAGACACUGUCACACCGGGCCCAUCCAAGGACCACACUUACGGCACAGAGAGUGGUCACUAUGUGUAUGUGGAAGCUGAGCUGGAGGAUGAUCCAGCAAGUGCCACUCUGUACAUGCCAGUGAUGGCGAACCCUCACUGCCUCCGUUUCUGGUACUACAUGUUCGGGGAGCUCACACCUUUCCUCACAGCUGGAACACAGAAAGGCGACAUUAAUGAGUUGGUCUUUAUAAGGAAUGGCUCUCAGGGAGAUUUCUGGCACCCAGCUACUAUCGAUCUUCAGUUCGAAGGACAAAAUUUUAAUGUAACAAUCAUGGCCUAUUGGGAGACCGCCAGCGCUGGCAUUGUGGCCAUUGAUGAUGUGAGACUUCAUGAAAACAAGUGUGCACACAGUCCUCAGGACCCAGAGGCCAUCCAUGACUUUGAGGAGAAUGGCUCCAGUUUUAGUUUGGUGGAUGGAAGUGACUUAGACUGGGACACCAUGAGUGUUGGUGAACAGGCAGACCACACACUUGGCACCUUGAAAGGUCACAUGGCUCGAGUAGAUCUGCAUAAGUACAGCGCUGGUGACGUGGGACAAAUUGUGUCACCAGUCUACCUCACCAAGCAGACAUACCGAUGCUACCAUUUGUACUAUUACAUGUCAGACGUGUCAAACUCUGCUGUGCUGAGAGGAUAUGCUCGCUUGACUGAUGACGGCUCAGGUGUUGCUCUCAAUAUGUCAAAGUAUUCAUUGUUCUUGCAUAGAGGAGAUGAAGGAGAUUCUUGGGUCAGCAAGCGAGGCCGUUUAGGAAAUGUGGGAAAUUUCCAGUUCAUCAUUGAAGCAGAGGUUGUUAAGAAUGACUCUAGGGCAAUCAUUGCAAUAGACGAUCUCUACUUCCCCACUGAUGAGUGUCUGGUAAUGAUAGCAUGUGACUUUGAGCACGACAUGUGUUCCUGGACCAACACACGGGACGACGAUGUCGACUGGCAGCUCAUGAGUCCAUCCGACUUUGUGCCAGGCCCUCCUGUCGACCACUCAGAAAACUCAGUCACAGGUCACUAUGUGGGUCUGCUUGGCACCUACAUGCCUGAGAAUGGUGGAUAUGCCAACCUUGUCAGUGAGUGGUACAUGACCAGCAUUUUAAUCCCUGCUUCCUGCUUCUCCUUCUGGUACAACAUUGCCUUCACUAACGGCUCUCUUACGGUCUCAGCUGAGAGGGAGCAAGCAUGGCAAAUCUUAUGGAGGCUUGAGAGCGGGCCAGAUCCUGCAUGGCACUAUGCAGAAAUUCCUAUUUAUCAGGAAGAAAUGUUCAGGCUUGUGAUAACAGGAGUGUUGGCAAAACAUCCCGACACUUACCUUGCUCUAGAUUACAUCAACUAUGACCAACUUAAUGAAUGUGGCAGUGGCACUGUCAUUCCUGCUAUUGCUGAUGUGGUUGCUCAAGCUGAGAAGAAUGUGGCGUGCUCCUUUGACUAUGACUGGUGCUCGUGGACACACAGUGAUCCAAUGGAGCUUGGUGAGACGAGCUCCGUGCAUGCAGACCGAGACCGUGGAGGAUAUGUGUAUGAGUUUGCCAAUGGUUCAUAUGUCUUCGUGCCGGGAUUCAUCAAGUCAGGACGCUUAGCAGAAAAUCCUGAGAACCCACACAAAUAUUGCUAUCGUUUCUGGUAUUACAUGUUUGGCACAAGCACUCCUUGGCUGUCAGUGUCCAUGAGGAUCUUGAGGAGCCAGUGGUCUGACAAUACCUACGAGUCUGUCUUAUGGCAGCGAACCAAGGGAAUGAUAGACAUGUGGCAGGAAGUGAAUGUUGAGAUCCCUACACAAUCUGGUGACUGGGAGCUGGUGUUGAGAAUAACGAAGGAUGAUUACCAAGUAGGAGUGGUUGCUGUGGAUGACUUUGACUUGUGGGUUGGUGCAUGCACAAUGGAACAGCUAAGUUGUGACUUUGAGUCAAAUCCCUGCGGAUGGAGUGACGACAAGUCUUACCCAUUGGAGUGGGUGAGGGUUGAAGCAAGGAUGGGUGCUGAGUCAAUGGGUUAUGAUCACACUACAGAAUCUGCAGAGGGAUACUAUGUUUACCCACAUCUGAGAGAAGGCCAUGCAGUCGGGGAGAACCUGUCAGGCCGGUUGGUGGGGCCUCGGCUCAGUGCCGGUGGGGGAAACCAGUGCCUUGCUUUUUGGUACAGCAUUGAAGGGUCAUCCACACUCAGAUUACUGAACAUUGAAGGAGGCGCCAGUGAUGAGCUGUGGAGCGUCACUGAAAAAAUGGUUCCUGGUUGGGUCUUUGCACGUGCAAAUCUCAACAUUACCACCAACAUGACUCUUGCGUUUGAAGUGAUUUACCCUGUGAUAGCCGGAAAUGAGGCUGUCUUGGAUGACAUCACUUUCAGCACAGAACCUUGUCCAUCCAACAUAUUAGAUUGUGACUUUGAGCAGGACUUCUGUGGCUGGUCAACUAAUACACCAUUGUUUGCAAGUUGGUUGAUUGGUCGAGGCUUCACCGUCAACUCAAGUUUGGUUUCCGGUCCCUUCUCAGAUCACACGACAAAGAAUGGAAUGUAUGCUUAUGUUGACUUCACAGACAGCCAUCCAGGUCACAGUGUUGUACUUCAAAGUGAAAUAGUCUACAGUCAGGAACCAGCUUGCCUCACCUUCUGGUACGUCAAGUAUGGCAACAGUGGCCGCUCGGGAAAAUUCACAAUUAAUCGGGAUGUGAAAGGUGAGCCUUUGUACACUCUGCUCACCCUGGGAAACAAUGAUAACAUACGUCAGUGGACUUACGUCAAUGUUGACAUUGGAAAUCAAACCAAACCAUACACAAUAACCUUUGCUGUGGAGUCCGUAACACGUGACCAGUUUGUCGGCGUAGAUGAUGUGAACUUUUCCCAAGGGAAGUGUUCCGAUCUGCCAGCAACUCCAUCACCUCCCCCUGCCUUUGAAUUGUGUGACUUUGAGGCUGCCGAUCUGUGUGGUUUUACUCAGCGAGAGGAUGAUACAUAUGCAUUUGACUGGACGCAGGGAUCUGCCAGUGAUCACCAGGGACUCCUCAAUGACCACACCACGGGAGACUAUUAUGGUCAGUACAUGUAUGUGGACCCCAAGCAGUACACAGUUGGGGCAGUGGCUGGCCUGGUCUCGCCUGAUGUGGAUGGAGUGCCAGAAGCAUGUGUUGCCUUCAACUACUACACGUCACACAAGGACGGCACACUGGAGGUGUGGCUGCACUCCAAGGAGACGCAUGACCCGUCCCUGCUCAACAUAUAUUCUGCUCCAUUUCAAACAUGGAUCGGUGCAAGGCUGCCGGUGUCUGUUGCUGGAGUGUGGCAGCUGGAGUUCCGAGUGACACUGAAGUCUAGUAAUGGGUUUGUGGCCUUGGACGAUGUCAUUCUGAGCCCCGAUGCUUGCCCAACCCCCGUCAACUGUGACUUUGAGGCAAACUCAUGUCUCUGGGAAAACACCAAACCUGCAAAAUGGACUAAUGGCCGCCUCACAGAUGACCCAAGCCAGGCCCCUGCCUAUGGCUAUGCUCCACCAUAUGACCACACAACAGGCACCCCCUACGGUCACUACUUGUAUUUCUAUGACAACAGUGUUGAUGAACUGUCAGCAACCAUGCUGUCUGAGGUGUUUGCUGUUGACAAGAGCUCUUGCCUCUCUCUUUGGAUUCACAUGUAUGGAGACAAGGUGGGAACCCUACAAAUAAAAUCAAUUGAGGCAGAAGGCACUUUUGUAUUGAAGAAGCUGACUGGCUCUCUUGGGCUCGAGUGGCAUCAAGUACAGAUUGAGCUGGGAGAGUCACCACAACACUGGCUGUCCUUGGAUGUGCAAGGUGUGCAUGGCCAGACCAAUGUGGUGGCUGUGGAUGAUAUUGAUCUGUCUGUGGGUCUUUGUGCAGGAAACAACAGCUUUGGUUACUUCCUCUGUGAUGACGGCAGCAAGAUCCCCAUGUCGCAGACUUGUGACUACCAAAGCCAGUGUGAGAGUGGCGAGGACGAGCGUUGGUGCGCCGGGUGUGACUUCUCGGAUGACAUGUGUGGCUGGAGAAUGGUGGAGACGGGACAGGACAGUAGCCAUUACUGGUGGCGGAGAUACACAGGAGGAGACCCAGAGGACAGUCCACAUGAUGCUUGUAUGACAGUGGAGAGCAAGGAUGGGGUAGUGCUAAACAAGCCUCGCAUCAUCAGCCGCCUGCAACAGCCAACGUUUGAAACUUGCACCUUAUCCAUGGACUACAAGCUGCAGUCUACAGGAGCUGAUCCUGCAAUAAAUGUGUAUUAUGAACACGGAGGGUCUGACAUGACGCUGCUCUUCACUGGUCAGAGCUCCUCCCCAGACUGGCAGAAGCUCAUGUUGCCUCUAGGACGCAUCUCUACAGCCUUUAAUUUUGUCAUUGAGGCAAUCAGCUCAGGUGCAGAUGAAGAAACAAUAUCUCUUGACCAAGUGAAGCUUACCAAAUGUGCCUCACCAGUACCCUGCAUAGACUUGCCUCCAUCUUAUCUUCUGUGUGAUAACAAAGCGUGCUACCCAGCAGAAGCCAAGUGUGACUUCACGGAUGACUGUGGAGACUACUCAGACGAGGCCUUGUGUGAUGACUACCCAUUACGGUGUAGCUUUGAGGACGGUGACUAUUGUGGCUGGGAUGUCUCAGAUAUCUUUCAGCUGACUGAGGCACGCUCCAGCAAGAUGCCGCCCUACAGGGACCACACUGUCAACACAGGGGAUGGUCACAUGCUGAUUACAUAUUCUUCUGCCACCAUCAUGAGUCCAAUAAUACAAGCUUCCACCAACUGUCAGUUCCAUCUUUAUUAUGCUAUAUCUGGGUCAUCCAAAGUAACAAUAGACCUAAAUGUAGUGGACUCUGCAACCAACAUAAUAUUCAAACAAACCAGCAAGCAUGGAGAGGAUAAACUUGUCUUCCACUGGACUCACUUCUCAGCCUCAGUAUCUUAUGACAAACCUUUCUUUAUUCAUAUGUGGGUGACAGUAGACGACAGAGGUGCUGCAGUGGCAUUUGAUGACUUCUCCUUGACUCCAGAGUGUAUUGUGACACCCGGCACCCCAACACCACCGCCAUUCUCCACCACUCCUAAUCCUUGUCAUGAUCAGUUUAUGUGUAAUACAGAAAAUGAAAUGCCUACAUGUAUACCUUAUGACCAAGUGUGUGAUUUUGAGAAGAACUGUCCAGAGGGUGAUGAUGAGAGCCUGUGUGGCACCACUGACUUUGAGGCAGACAUGGGUGGCUGGCAGGAUCUCAGUGACGCUACUUAUAGCUGGUCCCGCAUCAAAGCAUCAGAUGCAUAUUAUCCUAAUUGUACAGCACCAAAUGCUGACCAUACCAAUGGCUCAACUCAGGGUUAUUAUGUGUGGGCUCCUGCAAAACUCUCAGAGUCCCCAGAAUCCACCGCCAUAUUGUCCUCCCCAGUCGUUGGGCCAGCAGGGUUAGGCUGUACCUUCAGUCUGUGGUACAAUUGUAAGGAUGACGACCCUCUUCUGGUCAUAACGGCAUGGACUACUGGUGACUUGAAAGACAAAAUUGUGUCACUUCCAUUAAGGUGCUCCUCCAACCAGGAAUGGCGCCAGGGUCAAAUGUUCAUUGGUGAACAAGACCAGCUUUUCACUGUUGAAGUGAAGAGCACCAAGUAUUUCACAACGUGGAUCCCAACGCAGUUUGACGUCACCAUUGAUGACACUGCCUUCACUCUUUGCUCCACACGUGAAGAUGCAACCAAGGAGGAUAUAAAGUGUACAUUCUCAAAGCCAUGUCACUUCUACCAGAGCCACAGAGACACUGCAGACUAUGUUCUGGUAACAUCAAAGUAUGAUAAGUACGUUUCUCUGCGAGGGGACGAGAAUGAGCGCAUUGCUGUGCUGGAGACUCUGCCCCGUCAGGCGUCCUUCGGCUUCUGUCUCUCCUUCCGGUAUCUAAUCAAGGGUCAGGCUUCUCUGGAGGUAGUGAACAGUCAGGCCACCAUGAAUGAAACUGUGUUUGUGCGGAAGAGUGGCUACCUGGACUGGCAGACAGUCCACCUUAAUCUCUAUUCAUCUAAAACUUAUCAGAUUGAGUUUGUGGGCCACACAUCAGCAUCCAAUGGAGAAGUUUCCCUGGAUGACAUUGAACUAGUGGAAGGACUCUGUCCUCCUCCUCUCACCUGCACCUUUGAUGAUGACUCGGAUAACUGUCUAUGGAAGAACUACUUCACUGGAGCAUCGUUGCCCUGGAGCAUAGGACGUGGCAAUGAGAACAUCACCUCCGAACCAGAGGUUGAUCACUCGUGGGGCACACCAUUCGGUCACUACCAAUAUCUGAAUAUUGCUGGAGACCAGAGUGGAAAAGUUGCCUUCCUGAAAAGUACUGAGAUUGCCACCACCACUCCUGAUGGCGACUGUUUCCAAUUCUGGUUCUAUCUCUACUCUAAAGUGAAAGAUCAUGAUGUUGGUGAGCUUGGAGUCCGUGUUCUGAUCGACAAUUCCACCAUGAGUGACCGCUUGUGGGAACACACGUACAAUGGACAGGACGGCUGGCAGUUUGGAGAGACAACAAUCAAAUAUGACAAGAACUUUAGUGUUGUGUUGGAAGGUUACCGGCUGGAUGGGUCUGAGGGCUACAUGGCCUGGGACGACCUGACAGUGAAGCGCGGUGUGUGCACAGAUCCUGGCACAUGUGACUUUGAGGGCGGCCUUUGUGGCUGGAGUGAUGUAACAGAGUACGGCAACAAUACAUGGCUGUGGCUUGUGGCUGAGGAGGCAAGCAAUGGAGUGGCUGUUGACCACACCACAGACUCUGGAUCAGGCCAUUAUAUCACCUUUGAGAGAGACUACUGUACUAGUGGAAGAUCUUGCAUUGGCAAGCUAAGGAGCAGCGACAUCACCCCCACAGACACCUACUACUGCUUCUCCUACUAUUUGAACAGCUAUAAGGGUGAAGUAUCCAACAAUGAAGUGGCCAUCAAGUUGAUCAAUGUUGAAGAUAACUCACUCAUGUUGACUAUUAGAUAUGUCAACUCAUUUGACUUCAUGUGGACCCAUUAUCAAAUUGAACUAUCAAGGACAAGAGAUUUGUUCCAUCUUCAGCUGGAGGCAACAAUUCAACCCUUGAAUGCUUCAGUUGGGGCUUUCAGUGCCUUGGAUGACCUGGUCCUGACCCCAGGACGCUGUGACUCAGGGAUGACCACCAUAACGCCUACAACAGGACCUCCACCACCUGAUAAGCAACUGACAUGCACUUUUGAGGACAGCACGCUGUGUGACUGGUCCCAGCACCAGGGUGACGACAAGGAGUGGACACUGACAACAGGCCAGAAUGUGGACUCCAAUUAUGGACCAUUAGUUGACCACACCACCCACCUCUCAGAUGGUCACUUCAUCUACCUUCGGUCACUGAACAGUGCAGGAGAAGCUAAUUUGUUUUCUGACUUGAUUGUGGAUAAUGAAGCUGGCCACUGCCUGUCCUUUGCUUACUACAUGCAUGGGCCCAAUCCUCCAGCCAUCAUGGUCUACAUUACCAAAGAACAUGGAAUCCCAGGGUCCUCCGAACCUCCGGACUGGGAACACCGAGAUGAAGUUGGAGAGAUCUGGCAACAAGUUCGUCUCUUCAUACCAAACAAAAACUUUUCUCAACGAGUUGUGGUACGGGGCAAGUCAGCACCGGCUGAUAUUGACCUUGACCUGGGUCACACUGCCAUUGAUGAUUUCCUUCUGACUGACGGCUCCUGUCACAACCCUCAAGAAAUCUGGUGUGACUUUGAGACAUCAGACAUGUGUGAAUGGACCAAUGUUAAUGAUGGUGGAGCAGAGUGGAUCUGGAAUUCCGGCCAAAACCCAGACCUGGUUAAUUCUCCUCCUACUGACCACACCUUUGGGACCUCAUAUGGACAUUACUCCAGCUUCAAACACUCUCCUGAUAACAAAGAAGAUAAGGCAUAUCUCUUCAGUCCCAUUUAUCAUGGCAAUGGAGAAGUGUGCUUCCAGUUCUACUUUUAUAUGCAGGGAAAGCCAGAGUGGUCAGGACAGUUGUUUGUGUACAUCAAGAGUCCCUCAGCAUCUAUUGAUGGCCUUUCUCCGGUGUGGCAGAUUUUAGGCCACCAAGGAGAUGCCUGGAAUUUAGGACAAACAUCAUCCAAUCUUGUUAAUGACUUUGAGAUUGUCUUUGUUGCCAUGGAGGGCGAGGAUGGGGAGAACAGCACCAUAGCCAUAGAUGAUGUGGUGAUGCUGAGCAGGACCUGCCCCACUAUUGCCACGUGCAGCUUUGAGGAUGGCUUCUGUGGCUGGACCAACACCAUGCAAGGAGAUGACACAGAGUGGCUCAUGAAUCAAGGCUCCACACCCACUGAAGGCACAGGCCCCAAGUAUGACCACACCCUCAACACUGCACUUGGGCAUUAUAUUUACAUGGAUGCAGCACUAGCAGGAUCAGAUACGGCACUUGCUACUUUAGAAUCACCACUCAUCCCAAUCCAGAUGUACUGCUUUGAGUUUUACUACUACAUGUAUGGUGACGAUGUUGGCGGUUUUGCAGUGGAGUUGAAGCAAGAUGAUGAGGUGAAAGUCCUGAUGCAUGCAUUUGGGGAUCAAGGGCAAGAAUGGAAACUGGGUAAGGUGGGCAUUAUUGAAAAUGAGCUGAAGCAGCCCUUCAAGCUGGUACUGAAAGCCCAGCGAGGCAACGGACCCAAGGGAGACAUUGCCGUGGACGACGUGUGGAUGGAUAAAGGCUUCUGCAACCCCAACCCAAGCCAGUUUUCAUGUUAUAAUGGCACCAACAUUAAUGCAACCAAAGUGUGUGACUUUGUGGACGACUGCAAAAAUGGAGAGGAUGAGAUAGACUGUGGUGACUGCAACUUCCAGUUUAGUACAUGUGGAUGGAUAUUCCAAAAGGAGAAUGACUUUGUGUGGCAGAAAGGCCGGAACAUGAGUGACGGCUCUGGCUAUGAGGUCAUUAUGGACCACACUCUCGGCAACGCAGCGGGAUAUUUCUUGUACGUUGCGGAGCAACCUAGUGAAAAGUCUGGCCCGGCUGUCAUGGUCACCAAGUCUCUCCACAAUGCCUUCCUGGGAUGCACCAUGAACUUUUGGUACCGAGAAAACAGCAACAACUACUACAACAAGCACAUGAAGCUAACCAUCAGUGUGGUGAGGGAUAAUGAAGUCCAUCCUCUGCAUUACUUGAUUGAUGCCAAAACAUAUAAAUGGGAGAAAGCCACCAUUAGAAUAAUGGACUGGUGGGGAGACUUUAGUGUUCAGGUGGAGGGAGAGAACACAGGCAAUCCUUCUGACUUGACUCUGGAUGACUUCAGCUUUGAGGAGUGUGGGCCACCAUCAGACACACCUGCACACUGUCCAGAAUACCACAUCAAGUGUCCUCAAACAGGAAUCUGUGUUCCUCCUGACUUUGUUUGUGACACCACCAAUGACUGUGGCAACAAUUAUGAUGAACAGGAGUGUGAUGAAUACUCCCCAAGGUGUACCUUUGAAGAAAAUGGCCAAUGUGAUUGGGUUCAAGAAGAUGAAGAGGAUAGCAUUGAUUGGCAAAUUGGAACAAAUCAGGUAGCUAGUCUUAUCAGCAAUCACCUGACAGGACCACCGGCAGACCACACCACACGCCUCACCACUGGUCACUACCUGUACAUCACUGCACCACCACACCAGGCUACCAAGGAAGACAAGCAAAGCAAGAAAACUUACCGAGCGUGGUUUGUUAGCCCAACAUUGAAGGUUGACACUGACACAUACUUCCCCUGUCAGCUUCGUUUUCACUAUUACAUGUAUGGGAAGAACAUCGAAGAACUCAAUAUUUAUACAAGAACAGAAAUUCAUGGUGAGAAGUCUCUUUCCUUUAGAAGAACAGGGGAGCAAGGUCAAUUCUGGGACCGUUCAGUUGUGACUGCCACAGAGAAAGUUAAUUUCCAGUUUGUAAUAGAAGGAAUCACAAACAACGAAGACUUCUCAGACAUAGCCAUUGAUGAUCUGUCAUUUACUGAAAGCUGCAUUAUUGUCAAUGCAUCCUUGCCAGGUGGUAGCACCUACACACCUCCCCCUUCACCUUGUGGAGACGAUAAAUUCUACUGUGGAGUUGCAUAUGAAUGCAUUCCUGAAUCAAAAAGAUGUGACUGGCAGUAUGACUGCACAAAUAAGGCUGAUGAGGAUUACUGUGGUGCGUGCAAUUUUGAAUAUGACAUGUGUGACUGGUAUGAUGGAAGUGCUGGCAUUUUCCAGUGGAGAAGAGUCCGUGCUGGUGACUUCAGCUCCGUCACUCACCCUAAUGUGGACCACACUUACAACACCUCCGAUGGCCACUUUGUGUACAUUGAGAGUGGAGCUGGCAUUGAUGGCAGGACAGCCAUGCUUUAUAGCCCAAGGCUGUCUCACACAGCAGGGUUUUACUGUGAACUGCAUUUUUGGCUCUAUCUUGAAAGCAUUCUUGGUUCAAAUUUGACUCUGUACUCUUAUCAUGAUGAGGUUCAGGGAGAGCUGCUGUAUGAUCUAAUGAAUUCUGAGGCACAGGAAAAGGUUUGGUUUAAGGCAAUUGCUACAGCUAGAAAAGUACCCACAAAUCAUCAAUUAGUGUUUGAAGCCACACCACGCUAUGAUACAUCCACAGACUGGGAGGAAUCCCACUCUGGCCUUGUUAUUGAUGACAUCAGUUUCUUUAAUUGCAAUGAAAGAACUCUGAGUCUGGACUGUAAGUUUGACAAUGAAGCUCUGUGCGCGUGGUUACAAGAUCAACAUGACGAGCAGGACUGGAAGAAGGGCAAUGCCUCAAGUAGUUCUCUUGCUGACCAUACAUCAGGAACAGGCUAUUACAUCUACAUUGACUUUUCGGAGUCACAAGCCAAGAUGAAUGAUGCUGCAAGACUCAUCAGUACAGUGCAGUCUAAACCAUCCCAGUAUGUUAAUGUGCUGAGUCUCUGGUACUACUUCUAUGGUGAAAAUGUUGGAAUCUUCAGAAUUAUUGAAAGGAAAGAAUCUACAAAAACAAAUGACACUCUUUUUGAAUUGAGUACCACCCAAGAGAAUAAAUGGCUACUAUAUCAAGAGCCUAUGUCAGUUGAUGAUGACUUCACAAUAAUUCUUGAAGGUACAUGGAGAGAAAAGGGAUUGGGUUUGCUGGCUGUAGAUGACAUUAAGAUGACAUCCACUUUACAUGAGGCAGUAUGUGAUUUUGAAGUCAAUUUCUGUCAGUGGGUACCAAGCAAUGAGAGUGCAGGAAUUUGGACACGAGGACAAGGAGCACAGAACAUCACAGCCCUUCCACCCAAAGACCACACCCACAAUUCUGACUCAGGGUAUUAUGCCUACUUGAAAACUAAGGCAGAGAAUGAAAUGGGCUUCCUCACUUCUCCUGUUUACAAGGCAAUUGGAGUUCAGUGCAUCAGAUUUUGGUACCAUAUGCUGGGAGACAAUCUUGGACACCUAAAGGUAGAAGUAGCUGAUAAGAGUGAUGACUUUGGAUUUGUUCCUAUAUGGAGCCAAACUGAGAACACCUUUGAAAUGUGGUUCCAGGGAAUGGUGACACUGCCAGGCUUAUUAGAGUACAGUGUGAGAUUUAUGGGUGUAUCAGGAAAGAACAACAAUAGUGUGAUUGCCCUAGAUGAUGUCACUUUUGUUCCUGGUGUUUGUCCUAAGCUUUAUGUGUGCAACUUUGAGUAUGACAUGUGUGAAUGGAUAAACUCAGACCAGGAUGAGUUUGACUGGGUGAUUUCAUCUGGCAAGGAAGGAGGAGGCAUUCUUGUAGAUCAUACCAUUGAUCAUGAGACUGGACACUAUCUUCAGACAACACUAGAAGGCAAAAAGAAGGGCGAUCGUGCUCAACUGUUUGGACCGGUUGUACCAUCCAAGUACACAUGCAUGACCUUCUGGUAUUCAAUGCAGAAUAUUGAAAAUGCUACACUCAUAGUUAAGUUGAUGGAAGAUGACUUCAUUAACAUAGCAGAGAUCCAUAACUCUUCCCUGCUUUACCUAUGGGAGGAAAUUUCCUUAACUCCUAAUGCUUUGGAUGAUAACUAUGAGAUCAUGUUAGACCUGGUUAUAGAUGAAGACAUUACAUUUUCACAAUAUGUUACCAUAGCAAUAGAUGACAUUGCUUUCACGGAGGACUGCAGCAUCCACACACUUCCACCCAUCACCAUUCCACCUCCCACACAUCUUCCUUCCAGCUAUGACUGUGACUUUGAGCAAGAUGGAAGUGAAACCUGUGGAUGGAUGCAAGACACUGAUGAUGGAAUAGACUGGCAGCUUUGGAAGGGGCCAACACCAACCUCUGAGACUGGUCCACAGACUGACCAUACUUUUCUCACUGUUGAAGGACAUUACAUAUACAGUGGCAACAACAUUGUGCAAAAUGAAACUACCGCAGUGCUAAAGAGUCCAGUUGUGGAUAUUGCCGCACGUGGAGCCUGUCUGUCAUUCUGGUACCACAUGCACGGACUGAAUGUUGGCACACUGCAGGUCAUGUCUCAGAAAACGGGCAGUGCCAACAAGUCUACCGUGUGGAAACGUUCCAAUGAGCAGGGAGAUGACUGGAUGCAAGCCAAGGUCCACCUCACAGUGCAAGGUGAACAGUACCUGCUGCUGCAGUCCACACUCAGAGCAUCUGGUGCUGGUGACAUUGCUAUUGAUGACAUUAUAUUUGACUUUGGAAAGUGCUACACUGGGAUUUUGUGUGAUUUUGAGUCUGGAAAUAUCUGUCAUUUUGAACAAUCCCUUGAUGAUAAGGUGGACUGGCAGCUUGUCCAAGGCUCAGACUCUGCUGACAAAUCAGAUAUGAUCCCAGGGCAAGAUCACAGCCUGCAGUCCCCACUUGGCCAUUACCUCCAGUUGUCAGGUGAGGGCUAUGCUGACAUUUAUACCAAUGAGAUUGAUGCACAGUAUGGCUGUGUUGAGUUUUCAGUCUAUUUGAAUGGUUACAUGGAAAGGCCAUCAGCACAGUUGAAUGUACACAUUCGCCGAAGCGGCAGCCUGGAUCCUAAGCCAGCAGUAGUUAUCACUGGCCCCGUUGACUCUGGCUGGAGUCGUUACUUGCUUCCAGUGACCAGUUCAACCCCGUACUCACUAGCCUUUCGGGGCAACGUGGAAGGUGGUGCGUACGUGAUUGGCAUAGAUGACGUGAAGCCUCGCAUUUACUGUGAACCCAUGAGUGACUGUAACUUUGAAACGGAUACAUGUAUGUGGAAUAACUUGGAUGAUGAUGACUUUGACUGGUCUUUAACAACAGGGGAGGAUUUGGACAAUAUCUAUGCACCUGCAGUAGAUGUUACUCUGGGAUCACCUCUAGGAAAAUACAUAUAUGUUGACACUACCAGGGCAAUAGGCACAACUGAUAAACCAAAAGCAAUUUUAGAAACCAAUGCUAUGAACACUAAGGAGCAAUGCAUUAGGUUUUGGUACCACAUUCAAGUAGUUAAUGCAUCUCUUGCUCUUAAAGUCAAGUAUCUUCCAUUUGUAGAAAGUGAGCAAUUAUGGGAAGCUAAAGCAACCAUCCAGGCAGAAUGGAAGUACCAGCAAGUGUCCAUUGAAAGAGGAGGCCUCCAUACCAUCCAGUUUGUAGCAGCUUCAGACAGAGGCAAAAUGGGCAUCAUUGCCCUUGACCAGGUGAUAGUAGACUCUCAUCAUUGCACAAAUGAAACCAUUCCUGAUUGUGUGAUUACCUGUGAUGGGGGAAAAACUUGUAUUCAUGAAAACCAGAUGUGCAAUUUUAUUCAAGAGUGUGGCAAUGGUGAUGAUGAAUUCCUGUGUGGCUACAACUGCACUUUUGAAGAUACUGGUGAGGAACACUGUAUGUGGAGUAAUGUGGCAGUCAAUGACAAGGCACAGACGUGGAUGCUUCUCUCUGGUGACCGUAAUAAGACCAAUGCACCUCCUAUUGACCACACCUUUUUGACACCUUCAGGCCACUACAUGGCUCUCAUGCCUGGAGUGGGAGGCCAAACUGGAGAGGAGACCAAAGCCAUCCUGCAAAGCCCAUACUUGUUCAACUCUGCCUCCUAUUGCCUUAUGACCUUCUGGUAUGUAAUGUUCGGAAAAGCAGAUAACAUUUCUUCAACAGACAUUGGUACUUUGGCAGUAGCAUCUGAGCUCAGUGAUCUCUCUGUUGAGCUACUGACAGUGACAGGAAGUCAAGGUGAUGAGUGGAGAUAUACAGUUGCCUAUGUUGGGAGAAUAUAUCAGAAAUUCAUGCUGAAGUUAAUAGGCAACAGAAACCUAGAUAUGAGUGGUUACAUAGCUGUUGAUGACAUCAGACUAGACAAUUGCUUCCUUCCAACACCAUUGACUAAGCCUGAAGAAUGUAAACACUUUUUGUGUGAAAACAGUGCUUGUGUGUCAUCAUUUGAAACAUGUGACUUUGUUGAUGACUGUGGAGAUUACUCUGAUGAGAAUGAUGAAUAUGCUGGGUGUGCCUCCUUUGUUGCCCGUUGUUCAUUUGAAGAUGGCCAUCUCUGUGAUUGGAACCAAGAGGGUCCUGAUGACUGGCUCAUAGCUUCACCAGACUCUGAGACCCUCAUCCCUAAACACGAUCACACCACAAACCUACCAAGUGGAACUUUCAUUUCCAUUGGCAGCAUCCAAAAUAAAUUAGUUUCUGCUUCUGCCACAAUUUCAAGUCCAGUAAUGCAAUGGAAAACUGAUGACAUCACCCCAUGUAUGCUCCGUUUCUUCUUCUAUGUGGAUGGUCCAGAUGUUGGUGAAUUAGUUGUUUCGCUAAGGGAGAUGUCAGAUGGCCCACUGAUUGAACAGUGGAAAUUAGUCGGAGCUGCUGGACCAUUUUGGGAACGUGAGGAAUUGAUUGUGACACCACAUGUGAUAGAGAACAAGCCAGUACAGUUCCUUAUAACUGGAAAAACUCUCAAUUACACAGGAGGAGACAGUUCAGUUAUUGCCAUUGAUGAUAUUUCAUUCUCACAUUCAUGUGCUUUGUCAGAUGACCCAUUACCACCCACUCCCUCACAGAUGCCAACAACCACCCAGGGUCCAUGUAACGAUAUGUUCCAGUGUGAGAAUGGUGAGUGUGUCCCACUGGAUUAUGUGUGUAAUUUUGCAAAUGACUGUGGGGAUGGCACUGACGAAACUAUGUGUGCCGACUGUGAUUUUGAUACUAACACUUGUGGAUGGAAAGAUGUUAGUGUUGGCAGUUACCACUGGCUUCGUGAAGAACCAGGAGUGGAAGGUAGAAAAGGACAAGUUAUGAAGGUGGAGGAAAGGUUUGGCUCUGUUUCCAAGGUUGCAAAACUCACAAGUGUACAACUGGGAGGAUCUGCCUCAGCCUGCACCAUGAGGUUCUUUUAUUACAAAACUCUGGGUCUGUAUGGAACCACCGCACUUCAUUUGUAUGUCAAGAGAAAAGACAAUAGUGAAUAUAGAGCUUGGUAUCAGCUGGAUGACAUGGGUGAUAAGUGGUAUGAGCAGUAUGUUGUGAUUGCUAACAAUGCCCCAGGCUGGAGCUUACGUUUUGAAGCCACUCACUAUGAUGAGGACGGACUGAUCCUUAUUGAUGACAUUCAGCUUAAGAAUUGCACAUUACCAUCAGCAACAAUCUGUAAACAUGAUGAGAUGAAAUGCUUGAAUGGUGCUUGUGUUCCUCAGGGUGUUAUGUGUGACUUCACUAAUGACUGUGGUGACGGAACAGAUGAGAUGCCAAGCCUGUGUGAAAGUUACAAUGAAAGGUGCAACUUUGAGAAUGAUUUCUGUGGCUGGACACAAGAAAAUGAAACAAUGGAGUGGAUUCGCAGAACAGGAGAGUCACUGUCUGAAGAUGUUGGACCAGAUUUUGAUCACACUCUUGGGAAUGAAAAAGGGUAUUAUAUGUACUUAAAGAGUGGGCAGGAUGUCAAAUUUAAGACUGGGAGGAUAGCUAGCCCUGACUUUUAUCCAGUGAUCAUAGACUGUGCAUUCAGGUUCUGGUAUGUGAUGAAAGCUGACCAGGGCUCUAAGUUGAUUAUCUAUGCUGAAGAAACCUCAGAACACACAGACAGGAAGAAAGAGAUUAUUUAUGAAACAGAAGGCUCAGAAGUGUAUGGCUGGGCAAAAGUAACUAUCCCUGUGGUGUUUACAAGAUAUUUCAAGAUAGUGAUUGAAGGCACUGCAUCCGAGGGAAUUGAGGGUGAUGUGUCUAUCGAUGACAUUUCUUUCACUCCGGGGUGUAAACCAGUUCAUCCUCCACCCACCACUUCACCGCCUCCCGGACACUGCCUCAGUGACGAGUUUGAGUGUGCCAACUCUGAUUGUAUUCCAAAGAGCAGUGUUUGUGACUUCAGGUAUGAUUGUCAAGAUUCAAGUGAUGAAUUGCCUUGCCCAUCACAAUGUAACUUUGAGGUUGAUAGCUGUGGCUGGUAUGAGGCUGUUGAUGAUGCACUCAACUGGAUACUGGCCCGAGCUAAUGACAGUAGCUUUGGGACAGAUGAUGGAGGUCCCUAUGUGGAUGGAUCAGGUUUGAAGCAAGGACACUUUCUGUAUCUUUUUGCCACAGAACCUGACCUCUCAAAUGAAGAAGGUUAUGCACUCUCCCAUUGGUAUCAAAAUUCUGCUCCCUAUUGUCACCUUACUUACUGGUACUAUGUGAGUGGGGAGAAGUGGUCAGAUGUGAUCGUUCGGCUCAACACAUCGUCAACAGAAAUGAUGAACCUGACCUUCUACACAUCGGAGACUGUGGUACAGAAUGGAGUGUGGCACAAGGAUGAAGUGGGAAUUGGCAGGCACAAGUCUCCAUUCCAGCUUUCUCUGUACAGGAAAGAACUUACAUCUGAGUACACUGGUCCCUUUGCUAUAGAUGAAAUGCAGUUCAAUGAAAACUGCCACUAUGAUGAUCCUUCAGAGGAUACAUGUCUGGGAGGAGAAUAUCACUGCAGUAAGACAAAGGUGUGUAUAAAUGAGAAUAGACUCUGUGAUCUGAGUGACGAUUGUGGUGCAGACGAGGAUGAGGCAUUGCUAAUGUGUCAUUCCUACCAUAAACUCAAUCUUGAAAAUGAUGGUUGGCUCUCUUGGUUCUCUCAAGACACAGAGAAUGAUGACUUGAACUGGAUUAUGGGUAGUGGCUCCACACCAACUAAAGGGACUGGACCCAACUUUGAUCACACAACAUCUGAUGGCUCUGGCCACUACCUCUAUGUGGAGAGCAGUGUCUCUGGAGGAGGCAAAGUAGCACGUCUCAUCACUUACCCCAUCAAGGCUGACCCCAUAUGCUCUUUGACCUUCUUUUCCCACAUGCAUGGCAGGGGCAUGGGCUAUCUUCGUGUGUUGGUGGGGAAUGACACCUCGAAGCCUGUGCAGCUAAUGAACAUAACUGGAGAAGUUGGUAACUACUGGGUAAAACAAACUGUGGAAGUAAAAGCAGAUGCAUGGCAAGUCUUCCACUUUAUCAUUGAAGGAGAGAUUGGCCAAGGAGAGCUUUCAGAUAUUGCUGUGGAUGACUUUGUGUUUGCUCCUUAUUGCAAACUAAUGGGCAGCCCUGACAGGAACUGCACCUCAGUAGAACACCAAUGCUCAGAUGGAACAUGUUUACCAAUAGCCAAUCGGUGUAACUUUGCUGUCGAAUGUCCCAAUGGAGACACAUCAGAUGAGGAGGGCUGUGUUUCAGAACAGUGUAGCUUUGAGGGAAAAGAUUUAUGCAACUGGGAGAUCAAGAGCAAUGCAGAGAAACAAGAAGACCUUUUCACGUGGAGGUUGAUACGUGGAGACGACUCCCUGGCCAACCAAGACCAGGAAGCAUUCAAACCUACAGUGGACCACACCCAUGGGGACUCAGCAAGCUACUACGCCUUCACUGCAGCCUCAUCUGGAGACUACCAAAACUCCACAGACCUCAUUACCACUCUGGCUAUAGGAGAAAGCAGCACCAUUUGCCGGCUCCAAGUGUGGUACUGGCUGUCAGGUCCCGAGCCAGGAUCCCUCCAUGUGCAGACCAUCUCAGAAUCAAAUGAGAUUGUGGAAGCCUGGAUGACAGAUGGAAACCACGAGGAUAAAUGGCACGUGGUGGAGGUGCCCUUGUCUCACUUGUCCAACCGAAAGGUCUCUAUACAUGCCCGGCACACUGAGUUCUACAUGGGAGCAGCAGCCGUGGAUGAUGUGGCCUUCAUUGGCUGUGUUCCCCCAGUAAUGCCUCCCCAGGGUAUGACAUGUUCUGAGAUGGGGAAACACAAGUGCAAAUCUGGAGCAUGCAUUGACAAGCACCUGACCUGUGAUAACUCUAAUGACUGCUUUGACCUGUCGGACGAGGACUCCUUGAUGUGCAACCUUUAUCCACAACGCUGUGAUUUUGAGUUGGGCUUGUGUGCCGAUUGGAUCCAAGACAUUGACAGCACUGCAAACUGGGUGGUGCACCAAGCCUCCCCUGAUGCUGUCGACUCACUGCCUAGCCUGGACCACUCCCUUGCCACAUCUAAGGGACACUUUUUGAAGCUUGAUGGCAGCAAUGGGUCUGUGGCUCACCUCCACUCACUUGUCCGUCGUGGCAUUACUCAGGACUGUUUCUUCAGGAUGUGGUAUCAGGUUCUGGGCAACAUGCCUGACACCAUCAGGAUUUACAAGCGUUACUCUUACUACGAGGGCGGCAUGCAGCUGCUGGCAGAAAUAGACAACUCUGUGCAGGGAGUGUGGAUCAAGGUCAAUCUGGAGCUUUCAAAUGCAACAGCCAAUGACAGAUUCCAGGUUGUGGUGGAAGGUACAGUGGGUGGAGCGGGUUCGGGCCAUGUGCUGCUUGACGACUUUUCCAUGACACCAUCCUGUGAGGCAUCACUAAACACUCAGCUCCCUGGAGAAGGUGACAUCACUACACCCUCACCAUUGUGCCUUCCUGGACAACUCCUCUGUGAUAAUGGCAAUUGCUACAACCCUAUUGAGUCCUGCAACUUCUUUGAUGACUGUGGGGAUGGAACAGAUGAGAGAGGAUGCACCACAAGCUGUGACUUUGAAGGCAGUGAUUGGUGUGGGUGGUUUGAGAGCACCAGCAGCUCCAUCCACUGGUCCAUCUCAGGCUUCCCGGCUCCACCACCUGGACCCGGCAGUGACCACGCUAACCACAAAGACACCCAUGACCUCACCACAGCAAAGGAUGAGGGGAAUGGAGGAGAGGUGGCAAUUUUGGAAUCCCAUAUUUUUUCAUCAGUGGGAUUGCACUGCACUUUGGCCUUCUGGUCAUACGUGGCCUUUGAUGGAGAUUCCUCGUCACUGACUCUUAUCAGGAAGGCAAAACAGGAUGCAGGUAGUGAUAAUCCAUCAAAAACUCUGUGGACAUCAUCGACCGUCAACCAGUGGUCAGCAGGCUACAUAUCAGUUGCAGGCAAGAGAGACUUCACUCUUCUCUUUAUGGCCACACAUGGCAAAGGAAAGAAUCACAUUGCCCUGGACGACUUGGUGUUCCAUAAUUGCAAACCUACUGACGAAUGCCAAAGCAGCACAGACUUCCAGUGUGCAAGUGGUGACUGCAUCCCACGCCAGUACACGUGUGAUGCCAAGUUUGACUGCUACGACAAGAGUGAUGAGUUCCAGUGCCCACGUGUUAGGGGUGAUUGCAACUUUGACACCGGGUCAUGGCUGAGUGACUGUGCAUACGGGCAGCGCACGGAUGAUGAUCUGGACUGGCAGCAGGCCAGUGCCUCUGACCAGGAUGGCACAGGCCCUCUUCAUGACCACACUCUUGGUUCCAUAGGCUAUUAUGUGUAUGUGUCUAGCAAGACUGGAGAACCUGGACUGUUGGCCACUAUAGAGACAGAAGAUGAGUAUCCAGCCUCACAGGGCAUCUGCUACAUACGAUUUUGGUAUUACAUGCACACUGAUCACGGCACAGAGACUGUGGACAUUGGAACUCUCAGGGUGUAUCUGUCAGAUCGAUUCAAUCGACGGUACCCUGUGGCCUCAGAGAGUGGCAACCAUGAGGAGGGGUGGAAGGAGGUGGUGAUCCUUGUUAACAUGAAAGAUAGCUUUGUUGUCAUGUUUGAGGCUGAAACAGGAACUUCAGAACACACCUACAUUGCACUUGAUGAUGUGUCCUUCACUCCUGAGUGUGAGACAGGUGUUGGUCCCCCCCCUGUGAACAACACAUGUGGGAGUGGAGAGGUGAGGUGUGGGUCUGGGGAGUGUAUUCCUGAAAGCUACACCUGUGACUGCAUUGCUGACUGUCUUGAUGCAUCUGAUGAAGCUGAGUGUAGCAACACAUGCACCACUCUGCACACGAGGUCCACCACCAGCACCACUACCACCACACCUGCCAGCACUGUCACCACCACAGUAAACCCUUAUGCCUGCACCAAGAAGGAGUUCUCGUGUGGAGAUGAAGACCACACCUGCAUCCCAGCACUUCUUCUCUGUGACACCAUUCCUGAUUGUCCCAAUAAGGCUGAUGAAACACAGUGCCCUGAAAAUUCUCACUGUGAUCCAGGAUUCUUUUACUGUGGUGACAAGUUCAUGUCUCACCACCCCUGCAUGACCAACGAUGAUGUGUGUAAUGGCAUUGUGCAGUGCUUAUCACAUCAAGCUGAUGAGUCAGUGUGUGGUGACUGUCCACACAACUACUGCCAGAAUGGUGGAGUGUGUGCACCACAGAGAAGAGAGAAGCGUCCUGCUUGCAAUUGUCCAGAUGAUUACACUGGCGACCGCUGUGAGUUGCCCAUCUCCAUCACCACCACUGUGGGUCCCACUGUGGGUCCCACUGAUGCACCCAACACUGGGGGACUUGAUCCAGGGGCCAUUGCUGGCAUUGUCUUUGGAGUCUUGUUUGCCAUCAUCAUUGGAGUUGUUGGCUUUUUCUAUUUCAAGAAUAAGAGAAGAAUUGUGCAGGAAACUCCAAGAAGUCCAUGGGAGUUGGAAGAGCACCAGCACUAUGUGGGACCAGACCUGGCAGUGCCCACCAGUGAUGACAUCCCACUGGAGGACCUCGACAACACCUCAGCCUCAGACUCAGUCUCCAAUCCCACCUUUGUUCCAUAAUUCCCUCUGAGUUGCUGAGUAGUCAUGUUCCACAUGUUCAGGGAUUAGUAUUUGUUAAGGAUUCAUUUCUCCUUAAUUUAGUAGAUUUUUGUAUUAAGACUUAUAUAGAUACAUUGUUAAUUGUUAUCAGCGAUGUUUGUAUUAUACAUAUUGAGAGAAUGAAAGCAAAAUGUGAAUGUAUGUCUAAGGUUACCAUUUCAUUUGUUUUACACACACACACACACACACACACACACACACACACACACACACACACACACACACACACACACACACCGCGUAGUGGAGUGGUUAGCACGCUCGACUCAC